GGGGCUAGGGGAGGGGGUUCGGAAAGGGGCCGAAUGGCUGCGGAGCCCCUGGCCACAGGCUGUGAAGGUUGCCCAGGCGCCUGACCUGCCCACCUCCCCCAUCCCCCACCCCCAGCCAGGUCCUUUACACGCCUCCAAAUAGCUCAGAAAUUGCUCUCCUGUGGACCUUCUGCAUCUAGGUCCCUGGAAAACCUGUUACAGAGGCAUUUUCCAAAAAGGGCACAAAACAGGCCUUUUCCUCUGCCAUGCUCAUAUAUUUGUGGAAGCUUGAAUCUUGCUUCUUUAUGCCCUCAAUUAACAUCUAUUUUCUAUCUCAAAUAUCUGGCAAAGGUACCACAUGAGGAUCAUGCAUAGGGAUACAGAGCAGUCCUCCAAGCCCAUUGUGUCUGGUUACACACACACACACACACACACACACACACACACACCCAAACACACACACACACACACACACACACACACACACACACACACACACACACAGAAUUGCCUUUUGCCACUCUGGAGUCCAAACGUGGUGAGGUCUACCCAACUCCCCCUGUAUCCUCACCUCCAGGAUCAUCCCAGAGUUCCCAGGACUCUCGGAUUUGUGACCCUCAACCCCCCCCCCCAUCCAGUUCUGCCCACCCAGGACCCCUCCUUCUCUGGACAUCCUGUCCACCUCUCCAGGGACUGGGUUCACUUCCCCAUGCUGACAGUCACCUCCUCAGCAGUAGCAGGGCCUUGGGGCCUCCAAGAAGAGGGACUUCGACACUUAGUUUAGAGAAACUGAGAUAAAUCCCCUGGGAUCUCCAGCCUGGGCAGAUUCCCCCUCCCCCCCCCCCCAAUCUCCUUUCCUCAGCCAUUUUUGGAGAUUGAAAGGCUCUGGGGGUGGGGAGGACUGAGAUAUCCGUUAGUUUUUGUAUCCUAAAUGAGGCCUCAUCUUUUCUUAAAAUUAAACACAAUUUAAAAGGCCAUUUCAAGGGUUUGUUGCAGCAACAACCAGCUUCUCCUCUACAGGGUAGAAAAUUCAGCGGUCUGAAGGCGAGGCGAGAAGCCAGGCUGCAAUUCCUCCAAGUCGGCACCAGGUGUCGCUGUGGGCUCGUUGUCCCGGCUACCCCCCAAUUCCAAGAACCAUUUUUUUUCUCCCCCUUCUCUCUCUCUUUCUCUCUCACUCCCUCUCCCCCUUGGUUGGGCUUUGCCAACAUAUCAAGAUGCGUUUCGCCGGCUUCCAUCACUAACCUCCCGGAGGUCAUCAAGCCAAAUUUAUGAGUGGCCGCUCGAGUCACGUGACUCUAUUUAAGGCUCCCUUAUUUGGGAAGAGCGCAUAGGAUAAAGAAAGAGAUAUCUCCACCUAUAAAUUGUGCACUUUGGAGAACAAAAAACCCCUCAACUUCAAAGAGUCACAAAUCACCCUUAAUCAAAAAGGGUGCAGAAAUUUUUUUUGGGCCCUCCCCGCCAUGAGCUCCUACGUAGCCAAUUCAUUCUAUAAGCAGAGCCCCAAUAUCCCUGCCUAUAACAUGCAAACUUGUGGGAACUAUGGAUCGGCCUCAGAGGUGCAGGCAUCCAGGUACUGCUACGGUGGAUUGGACUUAAGCAUCACUUUCCCACCGCCUGCGCCUUCCAACUCUCUCCACGGGGUAGACAUGGCUGCCAACCCCCGGGCUCACCCCGACCGCCCCGCCUGCAGCGCCGCGGCCGCUCCGGGACACGCUCUGGGCAGAGAUGAAGCGGCUCCUCUGAACCCCGGGAUGUACAGUCAGAAGGCGGCUCGCCCAGCGCUGGAGGAGCGAGCUAAGAGCAGUGGGGAGAUCAAAGAGGAGCAGGCGCAGACAGGGCAGCCCGCCGGACUGAGCCAGCCACCGGCCCCGCCACAGAUUUACCCGUGGAUGACCAAACUGCACAUGAGCCACGAGACGGACGGCAAGCGGUCCCGAACCAGUUACACGCGCUACCAGACUCUGGAACUGGAAAAAGAAUUCCACUUUAACCGCUACCUCACUCGCCGCAGGCGCAUAGAGAUCGCCAACAACUUGUGUCUCAACGAGAGACAGAUCAAGAUCUGGUUCCAGAACCGCAGGAUGAAGUGGAAGAAAGAUUCCAAAAUGAAAAGCAAAGAGGCCCUUUAGAGGCAGCGGGGAGGCCCGCAGAUAGCGCCCUGAGCCCGCUUUGGUCCCUGCGCCUUUCCUUUUCGGUUUUCCGCUCUCUAUAUUUUGGGGCAAGGGCGGGGGCUGCAGCACCGGCUCCCGGGCCUCACAGACAAAAGCGCUUUUCCUUGGCAUUCCGCAUCCCCACCGACCCCAGGUUCCCGCGGGGCUGCCCGCGCUGCCCGGACUCCCCUCAGUUCUGCUUAGCACCGGGGGGGCCCAGGGCAAGCUCCGCACGGGCUCUCCAGAGGGCUGUGGUAUACCGGCUGGUGCCGAAGGAACCCUGGCCUGGGCCGCCUCUCAGGCUUCCAGCCCCAGAGCGGCCUGCCGGAGUUAAGGUCGGCCUUGCGGGAGCCCCAGGCCCCGCGCCCCGACCCUCCAGCCUCCCCUCUCCUUUGUUCCUGGCUUAGGCUGGCCAGGCGGCUGCGGGUUGCGGGCUGGUGAGAGUGGUUGUGCCUGGCAGAGUCCGGCGCCAGACUCGGGGUGCUUCGUUGUAGCGACUAAACUCCUGGUUCGGUUUUUAAAUGAUUUGCAUAUGAAAGGGAGGAAUGGCUGUAGGUCCGCCUAAGGUCCCCUCGGUUGCCCUCGGCUCUCCAAACCUUCUCCCCCAUCCCUAAGCCCGGUAACCUCUCCAGCCUGCGCCCUCUGCAUGUCCUCUCAGGUCCUCCCCACCCCACCCCCGCCGCAGACCAUUAGCUAGCUCAACUAUUGGGGUUCCUUGCCACUGGACCCCAGCAAGCAGUCCUAGAGGCUCCUGGCUGCCCAGUAGUCCCUGCCACGACUUUCUGUGCCCUCUUGCCCCCUCGCUGUUGUCCAACUAUUUAUUGACUCCAGGUCUUUCCUGAAACUAUAUUUUGUCAUAUCAAAUAAAGACAAAGAGAGAACAGGACUAAA